UUCUGAGAGAAUCUCCAGCAUUAUGUGUUUCUAAUGCAAUUAUAUUUUUUUAAUUGUCCAAAUACUUUUGGAGGCCUCUGAUUGUGGUCAAAAGCUCUCUGGUUCUGUUUUUAUAAAUAUAAAUAUAAUAUAAAUUCUAAAGUUAUACUGCAAUAGCGAUUAAUUGAAUGGCUAUAUACUGUCAUCUGAAUAUUCAUCCACUGAAAUGUUAACAUAAGGGUUUAAAUAAUCACUAAUAGCUCUUACUACAUUUCAGGACUUUUUGUCGGUUGAAUUAAUCACAAGAUGUCUGAAAUCCUCGUGAUGAAUGUUGAGUGUGUUGUGACUCCAGUACAGCAGGAGGCGGUAUGAAGCUCUUUAGUCCACCGGUAAACUCACUAAACAAAGAAAGAAGAACUCAGUUUGUUUAGAUGUUCAGCUGCUGUGUGUUUGUGUAUGUCUUUCAUGUUGUGAUGUUUAUGUGUUGAGAUGUUGAAGAUGAGUUUGCAGGUGGAUCUGAUGUGCUGUAAAUCAGUAGGAACUGAUCUGUCCAUGCUGGAUAUUGAUGAUUUGAUGACAGAAAUCUCACAGCUGAAGAAAGAGGUGGUGUUACUGGAGGCAAAGCUGAGGGAAAGAGGAGAUCCACUGAACGGAGAGGAGCUGGAGAAGGUUUCCUGUCAAUCUUCAGUGUGUGUGACUGAUGGGACCUCCACAGAAUGUCAGGAUUCAGUGUGGAGCAUCAGAGAUCAGAGAUCUGAACAGAGAUCCAGAGACACACAGGACUCAGAGCUCAGCCUCACUUUACUCUGUUAUACUGACACUCAGGAGAGUGUGUGUGACAGUAAUCAGGGUGAUCAAACCUCCACAGAGUCUCUGGCUUCUGUCUGUAAUGCUGGAGAACAGCAGAUGCUGCAGAUACCAUUGAAGAUGUGUUCAGUGAAGCUGCUGGACUGCAGGAACCUGAUGGAGAUGAGAGGAGAAACCACAGCAGAGGAACAGCAGAGUGAUGAAGAUGAUGAUGAUGAGGAGGAGGAUUUUAUUCAACAUGACAAACAAGAUAAAGAUGAGGAUGAUAAUGAUUUUGUUCCUUCAGAUGCAAUCAGUGGUUCAUCCUCAGAUGGAGAAAAGGCUUCUACAUCAAAAGAUCAGCUGUCAGAUGCACAGAGUCUUUCCUGCAUCACCUGUGAGAAGACAUUCACCUCAAAGGGGUUUUUAGCAAGACAUGAGAGAAAACACACAGAGCAGAAAUUCUUUAAAUGUAGGAGAUGUGGGAGCAGAUUUUCUACGUUACAAGAGAGGAACCUUCAUUCAAGAGUGCACAGCGUAAAGGAGUUCCACUGUGAGGAGUGCGGAAAGGUGUCUUUCUCUUCUUCUAAUCAUAAAGUUCACAUGAAGACACACAGUGACGAAAAACCUUUCCACUGCAGUGAGUGUGACAAGUGUUUCAGAACUAAAGGGAGUCUUGUUUCUCAUGAGAGAAUACACACGGGAGAAAAACCGUACAAGUGUUCUUACUGUGAGAAGAGAUUCAACCACAAGCCCCAUCUGAAGAAACAUGUUCGUGUGCACACCAAUGAGAGGCCGUAUCAGUGCAGUGAAUGUGGAAAAACCUUUAAAGAGUCAGGUAGUCUAAAGAUACACCAAAAAAUACACUCUGAGGAGAAACCGUAUCAAUGCUCACACUGUGAUAAACAUUUCCGUCAGAAAUCUCAUCAGAAAGAACACGAGAGAACACACUCUGGAGAGAAACCUUACCUCUGCUCUCACUGUGGAAUGAGAUUUUAUGUUCAAGGUCGGUUAAAGAUUCAUCUGAGAGUGCACACGGGAGAAAAGCCUUAUCACUGUAGCGUUUGUGGGAUGAGUUUUAGUAAAAAAGAAAACUUCGUAAAACACCAGAGAACACACACUGGAGAAAGACCUUUCAAAUGCACACAGUGUGACAAAACGUUUGCUCGAUCAGAUGUCCUGAAAACCCAUCUGAGAAUGCAUACAGGAGAGAAACCUUACAGCUGCUCUAUCUGCGGGGAGGGAUUCGCUUAUUUAGGAAGUUUUAAUUCUCAUCAGAAGAAACAUGCUAAAGAGCAAACCGCCCUGGAAUCAUCAUAGAAUCGGAAACAAUCGAAGGUUUUUGAGGAACAUAAACGAGUCCCUCUCGAUUUGUCCAGAGUGAAAAGAAAUUUGGUUACCGAAUAAACUUUCAAAAUUAGAACAAAUCAGGCUUCUUUUCUUUUAGUUGGUGAAUAGGCAUGAUUUCGCAUUUUUCAUUUGGCACUGGAUUGGGUGACACUUUCGCAGACAAACCCAGUUAAUUUUUCCCCACUCACAACAAGAGUGACAUCAUGUACAUCUACAAUGACAUAUAUUAGAGGUAAAAGUGUGAAUUUCUCAUGAAGGGUUUGAUUUUAGAUCCCUGCCCUUUUUUAUAAUUUUGCGUAUACUACAGUUGAAGUCAGAAGUUUACAUACACUUAGGUUGAAGUCAUUAAAACUCAUUUUGAACCACUCCACAGAUUUCAUAUUAGCAAACUAUAGUUUUGGCAAGUCAUUUAGGACAUCUACUUUGUGUACUUUCUGGUUCAUCCUUGGGAGCAAUUUCCAAAUGCCUGAAGGUACCACGUUCAUUUGUACAAACAAUAGUACGCAAGUAUAAACACCAUGGGACCACACAGCCAUCAUACCGCUCAGGAAGGAGACGCAUUCUGUCUCCAAGAGAUGAACGUAGUUUGGUGUGAAAAGUGCAAAUUAAUCCCAGAACAACAGCAAAGCACCUUGUGAAGACGUUCGAGGAAACAGGUAAACGAGUAUCUAUAUCCACAGUAAAACGAGUCCUAUAUCGACAUAAUCUGAAAGGUUGCUCAGCAAGGAAGAAGCCACUGCUCCAAAACCACCAUAAAAAAGCCAGACUACAGUUUGCAAGUGCACAUGGGGACAAAAAUCUUACUUUUUGAAGAAAUGUCCUCUGGUCUGAUGAAACAAAAAUUUAAAUGUUUGGCCAUAAUGACCAUCGUUAUGUUUGGAGGAAAAAGGGUGAGGCUUGCAAGCUGAAGAACACCAUCCCAACCGUGAAGCAUGGGGGUGGCAGCAUCAUGUUGUGGGGGUGCUUUGCUGCAGGAGGGACUGGUGCACUUCACAAAAUAGAUGGCAUCAUGAGGAAGGAAAAUUAUGUGGAUAUAUUGAAGCAACAUCUCAAGACAUCAGCCAGGAAGUUAAAGCUUGGUCACAAAUGGGUCUUCCAAAUGGACAAUGACCCCAAGCAUACCUCCAAAGUUGUGGCAAAAUGUCUUAAGGGCAACAAAGUCAAGUUAUUGGAGUGUCCAUCACAAAGCCCUGACCUCAAUCCGAUAGAAAAUUUGUGGGCAGAACUGAAAAAGCGUGUGCGAGCAAGGAGGCCUACAAACCUGACUCAGUUACACCAGUUCUGUCCGGAGGAAUGGGCCAAAAUUCCAGCAACUUAUUGUGAGAAGCUUGUGGAAGGAUCCCCAAAACAUUUGACCCAAGUUAAACAAUUUAAAGGCAAUGCUACCAAAUACUAACAAAGUGUAUGUAAACUUCUGACCCACUGGGAAUGUGAUGAAAGAAAUAAAAGCUGAAAUAAAUCAUUCUCUCUACUAUUAUUCUGACAUUUCACAUUCUUAAAAUAAAGUAGUGAUCCUAACUGACCUAAGACAGGGAAUGUUUUCUACGAUUAAAUGUCAGGAAUUGUGAAAAACUGAGUUUAAAUGUAUUUGGCUAAGGUGUAUGUAAACUUCAGACUUCAACUGUAUGUGCCUUUUUAUAAUACAUCCAUACAAGCAGUGUGAGACAUUUAAGUCUGUAUGUGUGUCCUGUGUUCUUUGUUGAUAAAAGGAAGGCAAUGCCUAGGUUAUAAUGUUCAGAGAUUAGAUUACUAUCAUAGAAAAAUCCCUGAUACAUUAUUGUUAACAUGUUCAACUCUUUCUAGCAUCCUCAAUUCCUUUAAUUUACUCUUUAUUAUGUAAUAUUUUAAAAGAUAGAAAGAUUCUAUGAUUUCUGCUCUGAUACUAUUUUUGUUUUCUUUAAUAUAGUUAUUUUCUUUUAUGGUUCGUAAAGGCAACCAUUGAUAUAUACAGAACAAUUUCUAAUCACUAAUCAUUUAGUUUAUUUGACAACUUUUGUAUAGUUUAAAUAUUCCUUAGAGUUGUUUUUGUAUUGGACUUUGGUUCUUCUC